CUCAUUCCUGGGUUGCCUCUGGAGGUGUCUGCUUCUCAGCAACUCCUAGCUGAGCCCUGGAUGUGGAAGAGAGCAGCCAGGAACAUGAUUCUGCUGGCUGUGCUUUUCCUGUGCUUCAUCUCAUCUUACUCAGCCUCUGUGAAAGGCCACACAACUGGUCUCUCACUGAAUAAUGACAGGCUGUACAAACUCAGCUACUCCACCGAAGUUCUUCUGGAUGGGGCCAAAGGAAAGCUACAAGAAAGUGUGGGCUACCGGAUUUCAUCCAAUGUGGAUGUGGCCUUACUAUGGAGGAAUCCAGAUGGUGAUGACGACCAGUUGAUCCAAAUCACGAUAAAUAAUGUAAAUGUUGAAAAUGUGAAUCAACAUAGAGGAGAGAAGAGCAUUUUCAAAGGAAAAACAACACCUAAAAUCAUAGGAAAGGGCAACUUGGAAGCUCUACAAAGGCCUGUGCUGCUGCACCUGGUCCACGGGAAGGUCAAAGAGUUCUACUCCUACCAAGAUGAACCAGUGGCUAUUGAGAAUCUCAAGAGAGGCCUGGCCAGCCUGUUUCAGAUGCAGUUAAGCUCUGGAAACACCAAUGAGGUGGACAUCUCUGGAGACUGCAAAGUGACCUACCAGGCUCAACAAGACAAAGUGGUCAAAGUGAAGGCCCUGGAUUCCUGUAAGAUAGAAAGGCCUGGUUUCAGGACCCUCAACCAGGUCUUGGGCGUCACUACAAAAAGCACCUCUGUGACAACCUACAAGAUAGAAGACAGUUUUGUCAUAGCCAUGCAUGCUGAAGAGAUUCAUGCUUUUGGCCAGAAUUUUCUACGAAGCAUCACAGGCAAGAUAGUAUCGAAGCAGAAACUCGAGCUCAAGACGACUGAAGCAGGUCCCAGGCUGGUCCCAGGGAAGCAGGUUGCAGCUGUGAUUAAAGCAAUUGAUUCGAAAUACACAGCCCUGCCCAUUGUGGGGCAGGUCUACCAGAAGGAGUGUAAGAGAUGUCCUUCACUCUCCCAGCACUGGCAGGACAUCAGGAAGCACCUUCAGCCAGACAGUCUGAAUAAGGCACAGGCUGUCCAGAGCUUCCUCGCUUUCAUCCAGCACCUCAGGACAGCCAAGAGGGAAGAGAUCCUCCAAAUCCUCAAGGCCGAAAACAAGGAAGUACUACCACAGCUAGUGGACGCUGUCACCGCUGCCCAGACGCCAGACUCCUUGGAUGCCAUUUUGGACUUUUUGGAUUUCAAAAGUGACAGCAGCAUUAUGCUUCAAGAGAGGUUUCUCUAUGCCUGUGGAUUUGCCUCCCACCCCAGUGAAGACCUCCUGUAUGCCCUCAUUAGGAAGUUUAAAGGCUCCUUUGCAAGCAAUGACAUCCGAGAAACAGUCAUGAUCAUCAUGGGGGCCCUGGUCCGGAAACUGUGCCUUAGUGAAGGCUGCAAACUCAAGGCAGUGGUAGAAGCCAAGAAAUUAAUCCUGGGGGGACUUGAAAAACCAGAGAAGAAAGAGGAUACUAUGAUGUACCUGCUGAGCAUGAAGAAUGCCCUGCUACCCGAAGGCAUCCCUCUUCUCCUCCAGUAUGCUGAGGCUGGGGAGGGCCCCAUCAGCCACCUGGCCAUCACCACCCUUCAGAGAUACGAUGUCCCUUUCAUAACAGAAGAGGUAAAGAAGACUUUGAACAGGAUAUACCACCAGAACCGCAAGGUUCAUGAAAAGACGGUGAGAACUGCUGCUGCUGCGGUCAUUCUGAGCAAUAACCCAUCCUACAUGGACGUGAAGAACAUCCUACUCUCCAUCGGAGAGCUGCCCAAGGAGAUGAGCAAGUACAUGCUCACCACUAUCCAGGACAUUUUGCGGUUCGAAAUGCCUUCCAGCAAAAUGGUCCGUCGUGUUUUGAAGGAGAUGGUAGCUCACAAUUAUGACCGUUUCGCCAAGAGUGGGUCUUCUUCCACCUACACUGGCUACAUAGGACGUGACUCCCAUUCAGCAUCCACUUAUGGCCUCGACAUCCUCUACUCGGGUUCUGGCAUUCUGAGGAGAAGCAACCUGAACAUUUUCCAGUACAUUGGGAAGGCCCAUCUUCACGCCAGCCAGGUGGUCAUUGAGGCACAGGGCCUGGAGACGUUGAUCGCAGCCACUCCGGACCAGGGUGAGGAGAACCUGGAUUCCUUUGCAGGCAUGUCAGCCAUCCUCUUUGACAUACAGCUCCGACCUGUCACUUUCUUCAGUGGAUAUAGUGACCUGAUGUCCAAGAUGCUGUCAGCGUCUGGUGACCCUAUCAGUGUGGUGAAGGGUCUUAUCCUGCUCGUAGACCAUUCUCAGGAGCUUCAGCUGCAGUCUGGGCUGAAGGCCAACAUGGAGAUCCAGGGUGGCCUUGCUAUCGACAUUUCAGGUGCCAUGGAGUUUAGUCUGUGGUACCGUGAGUCUAAAACCAGAGUGAAAAAUGGGUUGGCUGUGGCCAUGACUGGGGAGAUCACCGUGGACUCCUCUUUCCUGAAAGCUGGCCUGGAUGUUAGUGCAGAGACAGAGGCAGGCAUGGAGUUCAUCUCCACGGUGCAGUUCUCCCAGUACCCAUUCCUGGUCUGCAUGCAGAUGGACAGAGAAGAGGCUCCUUUCAGGCAAUUUGAGACCAAGUAUGAACGACUGUCUACCGGCAAAGGCUUCAUUUCCCGAAGGAGCAGGAAGUCAAUGAUAGCAGGCUCCGAAUUCCCGCUGCACCAGGAGAACUCAGACAUGUGCAAGGUGGUGUUUCCCCAGAAAGUGGAGAGUGGCUCCAGCAGCUGGUUCUGAGCCUCCUGCCCUCCGACCCAUGUCCAUGCCAGAGGGUCUGUGCCUUGCUCUCAGAGCACAGUGUUUACAUUUUGCCCUAUUUAAGAUGUUCGUAAAAAGCCAUAAAAACCUCGCAUGAUG